GCGUCGCCAUCUUUUCCCCCCUCCGUCUGUCUGUCUGCCGUUGGCUUUGUCCGUCUGCAGCACCGCCCCUCGGCUCUCCGCCGCCGGCUCGGCCCGGAGCCGCCCGACCGUCCGCCGGGGCCCGAUCCCGGAGAGCCCCGGCCCGGCCGGCCAGAGCUGCGGCCCGGGGCCCAUUGUCCGGCGGACGGUCCGUCUGUCCGGAGGCGGGGCCCAGGCACCCGGAGCGCCGCAGAACGCCGAGACACAGAAUCGCCGGGAUCCGGGCGAGUUUACUUUGCUCCGUGGGAACUGCCGCAGAGCUGGAGAUGCCUAAGCGUGAUGAGACAUUUCCCUCUCACAGGAAUGUGAUGCCUUUGUCACCUCCAGGUCGGGACCUCGCGUGGAGGUAGCCGCGUCUCCAGUGGGGAAACUGGGAACAGCCGGAGCACUUGGAUCCGGGAAACAUGUCCCGUCGGAAACAGACGAAUCCAAAUAAAGUUCACUGGGAUCAAGUAUUUGCUGGGCUAGAAGAGCAAGCCCGCCAGGCGAUGAUGAAAACUGAUUUUCCUGGAGACCUUGGCAGUCAGCGACCAGCUAUCCAGCAGCUCAGAGAUCAGGACUCCAGUAGCAGUGACAGUGAGGGUGAGGAAGAGGAGACCACACAAGAUGAAGUCUCUUCCCACACAUCAGAGGAAGAUGGAGGGGUGAUCAAAGUGGAGAAAGAAUUAGAAAAUGCAGAGCAGCCUGGUGGUGGGACCGAAGUGGUAGACAACGAGGCCGCGGAGAAUCUGAGUUCCGACCCCUUACUCGGACUGUGCCAGUGUCCCCUCUGCCAGCUAGACUGUGGGAGUCGAGAGCAGCUGAUUGCUCACGUGUACCAGCACACGGCUGCGGUGGUGAGCGCCAAGAGCUACAUGUGUCCUGUCUGCGGCCGGGCCCUGAGCUCACCAGGGUCACUGGGUCGCCACCUUCUCAUCCACUCCGAGGACCAGCGGUCCAACUGUGCUGUGUGCGGAGCCCGCUUCACCAGCCACGCCACAUUUAACAGUGAGAAGCUUCCGGAGGUACUUAACGUGGACUGCCUGCCGCCAGCUCACAGCGAGGGCCCCUCGAGUGCAGAGGGGAAGGACGUGGCCGCCAGCCCUCUCGUGUACCCUGCCGGAGUCCUGCUGGUCUGUAACAACUGUGCGGCCUACCGGAAGCUCCUGGAAGCCCAGACCCCCAGCGUGCGCAAGUGGGCGCUGCGCCGACAGAACGAGCCCUUGGAGGUGCGGCUGCAGCGGUUAGAGCGGGAGCGCACGGCCAAGAAGAGCCGGCGGGACAAUGAGACCCCCGAGGAGCGGGAGGUAAGGCGCAUGAGGGACCGCGAAGCCAAGCGCCUGCAGCGCAUGCAGGAGACAGACGAGCAGCGGGCACGCCGGCUGCAGCGGGACCGGGAGGCCAUGAGACUAAAGCGGGCCAACGAGACCCCGGAGAAGCGGCAGGCCCGGCUCAUCCGGGAGCGGGAGGCCAAGCGGCUCAAGCGGAGGCUGGAGAAAAUGGACAUGAUGUUGAGAGCUCAGUUUGGCCAGGACCCUUCGGCCAUGGCGGCCUUAGCAGCCGAAAUGAACUUCUUCCAGCUCCCCGUGAGUGGCGUGGAGCUGGACAGCCAGCUCCUGGUGGGCAAGAUGGCCUUCGAAGAGCAGAACAGCAGCUCUCUGCACUGAGCCACGGCCUCCUGCCUGUCCACCCCGGCCCACGGACACGCGCGCCGCCGGCCCCCGAGCGCCGUCCUGGCAGGCACGGGUGUGUGCAGGUGGCCGUGCGCACCCCUUGCAUGUGGGAGCAGGGCGGUGGGUUCAGGAAGGAGGCGGCUGCGGGCAGCUCCGGGCGAGGUAGCGGGCACUCCGCACGGCGGCACGGCAUGCUCGCUGGACUGUGGGGCCCCAGUGGCCCAGGGCAUUGUGAGGGCAAAUAAAUUAAUUUUCUCUUUGCUGGC